GAUGAGGGACUGGAAGUAUUCAAACCAACUGUUUCUCUCUGCAAGUUUUCCCGGGAGGGAAAAUAACUAACUAUUGAUCCAACUGUUUACAAUCUCCGGGAAUUUCUCUCAACUGGGAUUCCUGAGCCUGGACUGUGUCCGACUCUCGGCGAUCAGUCUCUGAUAGAUUUCGCUGGCGUUAGCUGUAUCUGAAUCCGUCCCGAACAUUGCGCUGACAAUUUAUGCCUCUUUGCCUUCCCUCCCCCCGCCUCCCGUUUAAUUUCACCUUCGAGCAGCCCCGGGGAUGCUGGUCAGUUUCACCAGGCUGAAACGGAGCCAAGGUGUUCCAGGCUUCCCUUCCAAGGGCAGGAGGAAAGGGUGGAAACUUUUCUGAAAUCCUCGGCCUGAGGACUCUCGGUGUAUUUCGCUUCCUGGGUCCCGCAGACUGAGCUCAACAGAAUUUAGUCAACUCUUCCUGUGUCCCUCUUUACCACGUUGCUCUUGUCUUGCGAGGGGAGAUUUGGGGGUGGGUGGAGUGGGAUGAAAGACUGAGUCUUGGACGAGUUGAAGAAACCAGAUUCCAAUAAUCACUGCCCCCACCCAAACAAAAACCCAAUUCGCCAACAAAAACACUCGGCAAACACCUCCGGACCAAUUCACCAGAAAUCUGGGACUGCAACACGCUCACAACAACUUGUCAUUUUCUGGCAGUCAGCUUUGCUACAGUCUUUCCGAAAGCAAAUCGCAAAAAGCCAUGAACGGUGGAGAAUACUUUCCGAUGAUCCUAGCCCUUGCUCUGCUGUCACCAACGUAUCCCUCGCCUGUCUGGAAUGCUGGAUCGGAAAGUGAAGCGUGCCCUGACAAUCAUGUGAUCACCCUGGAGUAUCAGUGCUGGAAGGCUACUGGCGAAAUGUCCACGUGUUUACGGAAGAAAUGUUGCAAGGGUUACAGAUUUGUCCUUGGUCAAUGCAUUCCUGAAGUAAGCAUUGCACCAUUUCAUCUCAUUCAAGGUCCACCAGGAAAUCCAGGCCCAAAAGGCAGCAUUGGACCUAUGGGGCCUCCAGGAGCAUCUGGUGCACAUGGACCCAGAGGUGACAUGGGCCCCAUGGGUCCCAUCCCUGAUCUAUCCCACUUUAAGAGGGGAAGGCGAGGUCCAGUGGGUGCACCUGGAACACCAGGAAAGAAUGGAUUGAAGGGCGAAAGAGGUCACCCAGGACCACGUGGACAACCAGGACCUCCUGGAUCAUUUGACUUCCUCUUACUGAUGAUGGCUGACAUCAGGCAUGAUAUAGUCGAACUGCAGGAGCAGGUAUUUGGUGAGCGACGAGGUAUUACCCUCGACACUCUGCCCCUGGAUGCACAAGAGACAGGAUCUGGGCAAGAGAAGGCAUUCCCUAUACAGCCGGGCAGUCACAGCAGGUGACCAGACUACCCGAGAACGUUAAACAACACUUCAUCUGCUGUACAUGUGUCUCAAUCUCAUUAUACUUGUAUGUGAAUUAGUCAGAUCACAUCAGUAUUCUUAUAUUGCGCCACAAGCUACUUCUAUAAAGAGAUGUACGUACAGUGCUUGGUCAAUGUUUCUUUGCGCCAAAGUUGGCCAGAUCAAUUCUGUUUAUCAUAUCCUAAUCCACACACCACCUCAUUCCUCAUCCUCCAUUUGCUAACCCCAAUGUAUCAAGUUCACUAUUUUUAUUUUAAUUCUUUCAUGGAAUGUAGGCAUUGCUGGCAAAGCCAUCAUUUAUUGCCCAUCCUUAACUGACAUUGACCAUAAGAUGUAGAACCACAUAGUAGGCUAUUCAGCCCAUUAAGUCUGCUGCACCGUUCAAUGAGAUCAUGCUGACUGAUAUUCCCUAACUCUAUUUUCUUGCCCUUUCCCUAUAACCUUGACUCUCUUACUGUUUAAAAAUCUAUUGAUCUCAGCCUUCAACAUGCUUAAUGACACAGCCUCACUAGCUCUCUUCAUUAAAUAACACCACAGGCUCACUACCCACUUAGAAACAAAAGUUCUCCCAUCUUAAAUGGGUGACCCCUUACUUUGAUAUUAUGCUUAUGUUCCUAGACUCUCCCAGAAAGGGACACAAUGCCUUAGCACCCACCCUGCCAAGUUUCAUACAUGUUUCAAUGAGGUCGCCUCUCAUUCUCCUAAACUCCAAUGAUUACAGGCCCAAUCUAUGCAACCUCUCCUCAUAAAAAAUUUCCCUCCAUACCUGGGAUCAAUCUAACAAGUCUUCUUGAGACUGUAUCCAAUGCCAGACUAUCUUUCCUUGCAAAAGGGGACCAAAACCGUUCACAGUAUUCCAGCUGUGCUCUGACUACUGCCUUGCAAGACCAGCAAGACCAUCUCAUUUCUACAUUCCAUUCCCUUUGAAAUAAAGGCCAACAUUCCAACUGCCUUCCCCGUUACCCGUUGAGCUUUAUGCGAUUCUCAAAUGUCUCUGUACUGCAGAUUUUAGCAAUCUUUCUCAUUUAAAUCAUAUUCAGCUCCUUUAUUCUUUGUGCCAAAGUGCAUAACAUCACCUUUUCCAACAUUAUAUUCUUUGUACCAUGUUUUUACCAACUCUCUUAACUUUUCUAUAUCCUUCUACAGACUCUAUGCAUAACCCUCACUAGUUGCCUUCCCAACUAUUUCUGUGUCAUCAGCCAACUUAGCAAUAAUGCAUUCACUUACAUUAUCCAAGUCAUUAACACCCAUUGUAAAUAAUUGUGGCCCCAGCACUGAUUCCUAUGGCACUCUGCUAGUAACAAGGUUGCCAUCAUAGAAUCUUUCCUCUCUGGGAUGUAUCUUUGUAGAGAGCCCUGAACUAUUGUCUUAAAUGCCUGCCACUGUUCUUCAGCUAGCAUUUCUGCUAAAUUCUUUUUCCAGUCCUCUCCAGCCAACUCUGCCCUCAUUCCAUAGUAAUUACUCUUACUUAACACAGAUGUUUCCAACCCAAGUUUUUCACUCUCAAACUGAAGGCUAAAUUUUACCAUGGUAUAGUCGCUGUUUCCUAGGAAAUAUUGUUCCAGAAAACUAUCCCAACUACACUCUAUGCAUUCUUCCUUCUGGCUACCUCUCAGUUUGAUUUUCCCAAACUACAUGAAGAUGAAAUAAUUAAUACAUUGCCUUUUUCCAUGCACUUGUUAUCAUUUGAUUUAUUCUUUGUCCUACAGUACAGCUACCAUAAGGGGGUUUAUAAACCCCUACCCAUGCAUUUCAGAAGACCUUUAUCCUGGGAUCAUUCUUGUAAACCUCCUCUGGACCCCUUCCAAAGCCAACACAUCCUUCUUUAGAUACAGAGCCCAAAACUGCUCACAAUAUUCAAAAUGCAGUCUGACCACACCCUCAACAGUACGUCCCUGCUCUUGUAUUCUUCACCUCUCGAAAUGAGUGCUAGCAUUACACUUGCCUUCCCAACUGCCAACUGAAGCUGCAUGUUUAUUUUAAGAGAAUGCUGAACUAUGACUCCUAAGUCUCUUUGUGCUUCAGAUUUCCAAAGCCUUUUCCCUGUUUAGAAACUAGUCUAUGCCUCUAUUCUUCCUACGCAAAUGCAUGACCUCACACACUCCCACACUGUACUCAGUCUGUCACUUCUUUGGCCACUUUCCAAGCCUGUCCAAGUUCUUCUGCAGCCUCCUUGCUUCCUCAACACUACUUGUCCCUCCAAAUAUCUUUGUGUCAUCUGCAAACUUAGCAACAAUGCCCUUAGUU